AUGCUUCCCAACCACCGAAUUUCAUCACCAACCAACUACUGUUUUACUCCUGUCCAAGCUACGUUUUCUUCUUUCCUUUUCUCCUUAGCUCUCUUUGCCUUUUGGCUUAGAUCAAGUGUAGUAUCUGUUCUUUUCAGUUUAAUCUCUGAAAGGUCUCUAAGGAGACCAACAUUGAUUAUUCCUAUUUUUGGAUCUCGGGUAAUUCCCUCUGUGCUUGCACACGGUUUUACCCACUGUGUCCCUAGUAUUACACUGCCUCUAGGUGACGCGAACGCGCACUUGUUUGGGCUCAACCUUUUCAUUGCUUACUUGGGCUUGCCUGGGCUGCGAAGAAGAGGUAUCUCUGCACUAUGGAUUAUAACCAUAUUACUUGCAAGUAAGCGAUAA